AUGGCUGUGCCAAUGGAUAGGAUGGGCGCAGUUGAAGCUGCAAAGAUCUCUUCGGUCGUGUUUGUGGUCAUGUAUAGCACUCUGUAUAUGACCAAAACAUAUACGCAGUUAAAUACAGCAGAGCAGAUUGCAGUGGGAGGCAUCAGUGAGCUUAUUAAAGCAGUUACGUGCUUCAUAUUCCUAUAUUUCACAGAGGAGUACGAAAGCACAGAAUACCUGCCAGGAUAUCUUGUCUCUGGAAUACUUUCAUCUUUGCAGUCUGUGACGUGGAUGCAAGUAAGCCAGGCAUUCCCUAAUCUUAUUGUGCUUAUAUCCUCGCAAAGCAAGAUAUUCUUUGUAUUUUUAAUGGCAAUUGUCUUUAUGAGGCGGAGGUAUGUGCUCCUGCAGUACUUUGCGCAAUUGACUUUGCUUUUGGGGAUUUUUAUGCCUGUUAUACUCAAGGGAACCUCAAGCCUAAAUAAUACUAUUUUUGAGUAUGUUAUGCUAGUGGGUCUUCCAAUUCUCUCUGCUUAUACGGGGGUGGUCUUUGAGAUGUGGAUAGCCCCCAGGCUGAAAAGUAGGUGGAAAAGUGCAGUGAACCAUGCAGCCACGAGUGCAUUCUUUUCAUUUCUGAUUAGUGCAGUUCUUUUUGCAAACGGCCAUGCGAUCAGAUAUGAGAAUGUUCAGUCAGUUGCGACACUUUCUUUGGUUAAGUCAGUGGACAGUAUUGUCUUUGGGUAUUUUAUUAUUUAUUAUACCACACUUGUACGUAUGCUUAUUAUACUAGCAAUUAGCCCUGUUUUGUCUAUUCUCAUUUCAUACCAGUUUGAAGAGGCAAUUACUCCAGACAGAAUUAUAGGGGUAGCCAUUACAUUUGCAAGUAUUUUGUUGUUCCAUCUGCCGUACUAUUUGAACCGGCAGGUUAGUAAUAAAUAG